AUGGUACGGGUUGUUAUAGAGAAAUUACCUGGUAUUAAGGCAGAGUUGGUCACUAAUCAGGUUGGAUGGCAAGAUUGGGAAUUUGCUGAUUUAUUAAAAGCUCUGGAAAAUUGGAAAGCAAUACACCCGGUGGAAAGUUCAAGCGAACAUAACCCUAGGACCCCCUACAACUGCAACCAUUCGUUCUUCUCCAAAGAUUCCUCAACACCAAAGGGUUGUGUUUACUGUGAUGAUGAACAGCACAAGUCGUAUGAAUGUAAGAAGGUUGCUACACCAACUGAGCGUAAACGAAAGCUACAAGCAAAGAAGUUAUGUUUUAAUUGUACAGGUGGCUGACACCAUGCAGCACAGUGUCGAAGUCGAGUUACCUCUUUUCACUGCAAGAAAAAACAUCAUUCGUCAAUUUGUGACACUUUAGAGAAACCUCCACCUAACCAAAUUCCAGGACAAGCAGCUAUGACAGCAACACACGAAGAGCACAAG